GUCAAGGGUUUACCUACAACAACUAGUUGACCUACCCAACAUUAAUAUUAUUGCUGCGACGAAGAAUGUUCAAGACAGCAGCAACAAAAAUUGCCCAUAAUUCCACUAUCCCCGCUCUUGCCGGCAACAGUGACCUGAGACAGUUUCAAGAUCUCAUUAAUGCGGAGAAGGUCGUCCUGGUCUCGAUUCAGAGGUUGGGCGUUGAUUUGACCAGGGCUGCGGAGUCGCUCAGGGCGUGGGGAGUCGGUGAGGGUGAUGACCUCGCAGUGAGUGAUGAUUUUGUCUGGGUACGCGUAGACGAGCUCCACAUCUUGUGAUGCGGAGCCGAAUACAGUGUACAUUUCAUCCAAUACCAAUGACUCUAUGUACACCCACCAUUUCUAAUUAUCAGCCCUCUGACCAAUAAAUUAUAGGACAUACUCAGUGCAUCCACGACCCUACUUGUUAACUUUUCUGCUGCGCUGAGUGCGUACGCCAGUACGCAUCAUGGAAUCCGCGAUACCAUGAAGUCUGUACGGACGCGCGAGGAAGCACUUGAUGAUGUACGUCGACGACGACGGCGCGUUGGAGCCUCUGCAGACAGUGCAGAGAAGAAGCUCAACAAGAUGAGCCCUGAACACAAGAAUCUCCCAGCACAGACUGAUGCACUUAAUCGAUUGC